GCAAAUCGACGAAUAGAUGCGGAACAGAGAGAAGUGCGCAGCCGGCAGAACUCGGUAGAGGCAGGGGGGCGGACGAGCGUUGGCCGCUUUAGCAACACUUUCAUACUGUUGCGGUCCCGUUAUUGUUUCCUCGACUGGUCUGGGAUAUACUCCCCCGGAUACCGCCGUGAAAAAUGGCGAAGCCAGAAAGCAAGAAGAUAUUCUUCGAGAACCUGUCGGGAGCGGGCAAAGCCAUCGCGGUGCUGACGAGCGGAGGGGAUGCUCAAGGUAUGAAUGCUGCUGUACGUGCCGUGGUUCGAAUGGGGUUAUAUGUGGGAGCAAAAGUUUAUUUCAUUCAUGAGGGAUAUCAGGGUAUGGUGGACGGUGGGGAGAACAUAGAGGAAGCCUCAUGGGAAAGUGUCUCCAGCAUGCUACAAGUGGGUGGGACUGUCAUCGGCAGCGCCCGCUGUAAGGAGUUUCGCAGCCACGAGGGUCGCCUGAAGGCCGCCCUCAACCUGGUGCAGCAGGGCAUCACCAACCUGUGCGUGAUCGGUGGAGAUGGCAGUCUGACGGGAGCCAACCUCUUCAGGGAGGAAUGGAGCGGGCUGCUGGCAGAGUUGGUGGAGCAAGGCUCGAUCGAGGCCGACGCCGUCUCAAAGUACUCGGCCCUUCACAUCGUGGGGAUGGUUGGCUCCAUUGAUAACGACUUCUGUGGGACCGACAUGACGAUCGGCACCGACUCCGCUCUGCACAGAAUCAUCGAAGUGGUGGACGCAAUUAUGACAACUGCACAGAGUCACCAGAGAACAUUUGUGUUAGAGGUCAUGGGCAGACAUUGUGGCUACCUGGCCUUGGUGAGCGCCCUGGCUUGUGGAGCAGACUGGGUGUUGAUCCCUGAGAUGCCCCCAGAGGACGGCUGGGAGGACAAGAUGUGUCAAAAACUGUCUGCGACCCGUUCCAGGGGCACAAGGCUGAACAUAAUCAUAGUGGCAGAGGGAGCCAUUGACAGGCAUGGGAAGCCUAUAACUUCUGGUAUAGUCAAGGAUAACCGAGCAGGGAUGAAAAGGCUGAAUAUCUUAAUUGUAGCCGAAGGGGCGAUUGAUCGUAGCAACAGGCCCAUUACUACUGACUAUAUCAAGGAUCUCGUCGUCAAAUGCUUGGGCUUCGACACGCGAGUGACGAUCCUCGGCCACGUGCAGAGAGGAGGGACCCCCUCGGCUUUUGACCGCAUCCUGGCCAGUCGGAUGGGUGUGGAGGCUGUCCUUGCACUUCUGGAGACCACCGCUAACACGCCAGCCUGUGUGGUCUCUCUGUGCGGUAACCAAUCGGUGCGCCUGCCUCUGAUGGAGUGUGUACAGAUGACUCAAGAGGUCCAGAGGGCCAUGGACGGGAAGCGGUUUGAGGAGGCUGUUAAGCUCCGGGGCAGGAGUUUUGAAAACAACCUGAAGACGUACAAACUGCUGGCUCACCGUAAACCAGAAUCCGAACUGCCGACUAGCAACUUCAACGUGGCGGUGUUGAAUGUCGGCGCCCCUGCGGCGGGCAUGAAUGCCGCCGUGCGUUCAGCUGUCAGGGUGGGCAUCUCCGAGGGGCACAAGAUGUUCGCCGUCAGUGAUGGGUUUGAGGGGUUCUACAAAGGACAGAUUAGGGAGAUUAAAUGGGCUGAUGUCGGAGGAUGGACAGGACAAGGUGGAUCUCUGUUGGGAACCAAAAGAACACUUCCUGCUAAGCAUGUUGAUAAAAUUGCCGAGCAGAUGCGAGAGCACAACAUCAAUGCUCUGCUAAUUGUUGGUGGAUUUGAGGCCUUCCUGUCACUGCUGGAAUUGUUAACGGCGCGUGGGAAAUAUGACGAGUUCUGCGUGCCCAUGGUCAUGGUCCCAGCCACUGUCUCCAACAAUGUGCCGGGCUCAGACCUCAGCAUCGGCGCUGACACGGCUCUGAACGCCAUCACUGCUACUUGCGACCGCAUCAAGCAGUCGGCCAGCGGGACCAAGAGGCGCGUGUUCAUCAUUGAGACCAUGGGGGGCUACUGCGGCUACCUGGCCAGCGUGGGAGGUCUGGCGGCCGGAGCCGACGCCGCCUACAUCUUCGAGGAGCCGUUUGACAUCAAAGACCUGCAGGCCAACGUCGAGCAUUUGACUGAGAAAAUGAAGACCAGCAUUCAAAGAGGUCUAGUCCUCAGGAAUGAGAACUGUAAUGAAAACUACACCACAGACUUUAUCUACCAGCUGUACUCUGAAGAAGGGAGGGGGGUGUUCGACUCCAGGAAGAAUGUGCUUGGACAUAUGCAGCAGGGAGGAGCGCCGUCUCCUUUCGACCGCAACUUCGGGACCAAGAUCUCCGCCAAGGCGAUGCAGUGGGUCACCAAGAAGCUGGUGGAGACAUUCAGACAUGAUGAAGGCCGAGUGUUCGCUAACACCGAGGACUCCUGCUGCCUGCUGGGGAUGCGGCGCAGGGCUCUGGUCUUCCAGCCCGUUGUGCAACUCAAGGGCGAGACCGACUUUGUUCACAGGAUCCCCAAGGAGCAGUGGUGGUUGAAGCUGCGUCCGCUGAUGAAGAUCCUGGCGAAGUACAAGACGAGCUACGACGUGUCGGACUCCGGUCAGCUGGAGCACGUCGUGCGCAACCGGCCCAAAGAGUCGGACGCUUCGGUCGCCAUGUGAGGGCCAGCAGACACGGGACAAAGUCCAGUCUGUGUGCAGUAACCGAACCGAAGGAGGCUUUCUGUGUGUGUGUGUGUGUGUGUGUGUCGGUGUCGGUGUGUGUGUGUGUGUGUGUCGUUAAAAAAGGAAAAAAAAGAAAAUAGCUUCGGUAACGACGUCAACAGCCGUCUCUGUUUGGCCACACACUGUGUUCAUUUAACUGUCUGUCAUUUCCUUCAAUGUCCUGAAGCGUAACCUAGCCUCUGCAGUGCUCCUUAUAUCAAACACACAAACACACACACACACACACACACACACACACACACACACCCACACCCACACACAGCCGUCCCGCCAAGCAUCUUGCGUGUCCUCGUCGCCCUGGAUGUUUAGUGUCACCGUUGUUUUAAAAUUGCACUUUCUCUGUCUCCGGUUGCGUAGACAGAAUAGACACUGUAUGUAUCUGCUGUAAAAACCUGUGUGAGUGUGUGUGUGCGUGUGUGCGUGCGUGCCUGUGUCUGCCUGCCUAGACCCAGUGUGAGGUUCAGCAUAUUUAUGUGAGACUGAUGCAAUACAGUUCUACUGCUGCAAGUCAAGAGAACUGCUUGCUGUGCUUUACACGGAAACUAAUAUUGAUCUUUUUAACAUUGUUUAAUUUUUUUUGCUCGUCAUCAUGGAUAUAUUAUUAACUGUAGGCAGUGCUGUACUGGGUGGCUGUCUUGUCAUCUUGCACUAACAAGUUGGAUGUGUAAGAGCCUAAUGUUUCCCACAGAAUAAAAGUCAGUGUAAAUUUA